CCUAGAGCGGCGCGGCCUAAAGAUUCACCGCGCAAGCGCACGCAUUCGGACGACGCACAGCACCGGGCAGUUGGCGAUGAGAUGGAGCCCGACCUCUUCCUUCGGAAGGUGUCUUUAUUGCAGGCCGGCAUCCGGGGCUUCUUGGUUCGACGUCAAUUUCAGAACCUUCGAGCUGAGUAUGAGGCCAUUGUACGGGAGAUCGAGGGUGACCUCGGCACGCUUCAUUGGACUGCGGGCUGCAUUCCCAAGCCCGUCUUUCUCCCAGAGGCAAAAUCUCAUUGCCCCUGGAAAGCAGAGAACACAGCAAACCCAGAGAAGAAGAGAGAAGAGAGCCCCGCAAAACCAGGAAGUCUUUGCAGAGAUGACAGCGCCUGGCUUCGGGCUGAGCAGGGCAGGAAAGCCAGCCAGAGGAACACCGGCGAUACCCAGGUCUCCAAAAUGGCAACUGAUGCAGAUCUAGGGCUGUCCCAGAGCCAACAGGAGCUCCAAGACCAGCGCAACCACUUGGCCAUGGAACUGCUAUGGCUACAACAGGCCAUCAACAGUCGGAAGGAGUACCUAAUUCUCAAGCAAACACUGAGAUCCCCGGAAGCAGGCCAGACCAGAGACAAGCCUGCUAACAUGUGCCUGAACCCCCAGGGACAGGCCUGCGAGAAGGCCUGGCUGCAAUCAAGCUGCUUUCUGGAGACUCAAUCCUAUAGAGACAGGACUAUGGGAGAGCUACAUCGUGCAGAUGACUUCUGCCAGGAGGGCAAACCGAAGCCCCAGGAAACCCCAGACAGUAUAACCAGUACAGGCAGAGGCCCUGCUGGGGCUGAGGUCAGGGAACUCUGCUAUAAGAAGGCUGGACCACAGCUGCCUGUAUUAGAGAGCCAGGCUGGAGGAGACAGGGUCACCAAAGGGCUAGACCACACACAACAGCCCUUUAAAGGAACCUGCCUACAGCAGUUGAAACUCCUAGAGGAUCAGACCCGUGGGGACCCCAAGCCUAGGAGUCCUUACUCUGGAAAGGCUGUGACACAGAGGGCCACACUCUAUGAAAACCCAGAUACUGAGGACAGAUACUCCAGAGAGCCAAGCUACAAAGAGGCUGACUGCCAAAGAGCCAGGCCACACGAUCUGAGUAUCUCGGAAGGCCACAGGAUUCAGGAUAGGACUUUGGCAGGGCAUGAACAUGGUAGCCUGGCUCUCAGAAGGACUAAAGCACCUAAGAGCCGACCUCCCAGUGCUAGCAGUUCCAGCCAUAAACCGUCCACCGAGCCUAGGCGGGAAGGAUGGGCAGAGCAGAGUACUCUGCUGUGGACGUGA